AUGGCUCGCGUCCUUGAGAUUACUUUAUCUCGCGUGCGUCUGCUGGGCUUUGUCGCCGUCCUUAUCCUCCUCGUGCGUUCAGCGCAAGCUCGUCCCCUUGCUGUGCCGCAUGGCCGUUUGGCGCUGGAGCAGACCGACAGCCAAGCAGCAUUUCCCGCCAUAGAGCAAGUUCUCGCACUCCAUGCCGCGGAUGAAGGUUUCAUCUCAGCGGACUCCGUCGCACAUAUCGACGCGGGCGACGUCGCAAACCUCGCUGAUGCAGUCGUCAAACGCCUCGGCGACCCAGAGAUGUCGAAGGUUACGCGUUGGGUCAUGGAUCUGCUUCGCGAAACAUCGCAGGAAAUUGCCGCUGGCGCCUACGAGAAGGCGGCGAAGAAGCUUUUUUCGCCGCGCACGAUCGUAAUGCCGCCAGAAGGGCCGUCGCUCUUCCUACUCUCCUCCUUUCAAAAAGCCGCCUUCCUGCAAAGCCUCUCCCUGACCCUCCCGAACGUCGAGUUUCAGCCUGACGGCAUCUCGAUAUUCGACCUCAAAUACAAAACUUACAAGAAGUACGGAAUGACUAUAACGGGGACGUAUGUCACUUCCCCGUCCCCUCUCGUUCCGACUGCCACACCCGACAACGGCAAGUUCAUCUUCUACUGGGACCUCCUCAAGGAGAAGCAGGUCGGCUCUGCUGACGUGGCUCGGUUUCCCUUGGAGGGCGACGAGGGAGCGAACGCGCUACGCUCCUUUGUCGAAGGCGCGUCGGUGAAGGUCGCAUCCAACAACGGCAAGUACAUCUGGGGCGUCAGCUGGAUGAUUUGGAACUCGGACCUGCCCAAGGACGCACCGGACGAACCUUCCAAGAGUCUCGCCACCAGUUUCCCCGAAGCCGCUGGGGCCGCCACGGAGCCGGCGUGGUUCGACGAGGUUCGUGACCAGGGCGCCGCAGAAGGCGCCGCAAGUCAGGUACCGGCGGCAGUGGGCGAUCCGCGGCCGCAGGACAUCAUCGUGCAGAUCCAGGCCGCCUGGGAGGGCUUCUCCGCCGCCAUCGCGACGGGCGACGCCGUGUCGGCGACGGCAAUCUUCGCGCCCGUGGUGAUCCUGCUGCCGCCCAACCAGCCGCGCACCAUGCUCGUCACGCCCGACCAGAAGCAACGCUUCGCCCAGGAUUUGAUUGACGCGCAAGUGACUUUGAGUGUGACUGUAGAGGAUGUGGUUCUAGUGGAGCUCAAGGCCUCCACCGACCCCAUCAUGGCGGGGGGCUCCAGCAGCCUCUCGGCGCUCGUGCGCAGCAGCUACUCCAAGACCACCCAGUCAGGUCAUGUGGCGGAGAUGGGGAAGCUCGUGGAUCUGUGGCAGAGGAACCCGAUGUUCCCUGGCCAGUGGUACUUUGUCUAUUCUAUCUGGAACUCAGACGGGCUUGUUGCACCGACACUUAGCUAA